GCCACCUGUUGAGAACAAGCCAUAGUAUAAAACCAAAAUUUCCGCCAAAUCAACGCGUUAAACUUCCAAACUAAGCAGCACCGCUUGUCAUUAUGCUUCGAACGUUUGGAAUAGCCAUUCUACUUUGUACGGCCUCGCUGGUAAACGGGUCAUACGCACCGCGAUCCAAACCGGGUCAAUCUGGUGGACGAAUCGUAGGCGGAAUAGCGGUGAACAUUACUGACUACCCUUAUCAGGUCUCACUGCAACGGAGCCAACAUUUUUGCGGUGGAUCUGUGCUCAACGAUAGGUGGAUUUUAACGGCGGCACAUUGCACCAAAGGCAUUACUAACGCAUCCGUGCUCAAAGUACGUGCAGGGUCGUCCGAGGUUCGGUCGGGAGGGAUUUUGGCGCAGGUACGCGACAUCUACUUCCACCCGAAGCAGAACUCCUGGAGUAAUUACGACUUUUCACUGCUGGAACUGAAAGAACCACUCGAACUAAGCAAAAGAAUCCAACCGAUUUCCCUACCUUCGCAUGAAGAUUCCUUCGAAGACGGGACGCUUUGCGAUGUAUCGGGUUGGGGCAACACCAGAAAUGCUAAUGAAUCUUCGCUAAGCUUACGGGCCGCCUCUGUUCCGUUGUAUAAUCAGGAGAAGUGCAGCAAAGUUUACAAGGACUAUGGCGGUGUUUCGGAAAGCAUGAUUUGCGCCGGAUACGAGGAGGGUGGUAAAGAUUCCUGUCAGGGAGACUCGGGUGGGCCGCUGGUUUGCGAAGGAGUGCUAGUGGGAGUUGUUUCCUGGGGAAAAGGUUGUGCCGAUCCCGGCUAUCCUGGCGUUUACGGAAGGGUGACAAGUGCGGUCGAAUGGAUUGCCGAAACUAUGAAUGAGGUGGUAUCUUUGCGGUAGGGAUUUUGUGGCUGGAAAAUAUUGGUUUAAGUAGUCAAUAAAAUAUUGGAAAAGUUAGAUGUAAGAACAAAACC